GGGGACGCGCGCGCCUGCCCGCCCGCCUCCGGCGCUCGGUCACCGGGGAGUGCCGGCUGCCCGGGGCCCGUGGGUGCGGCUGGCCUUUGGACUGAUCCCGGGGGUCCUCCGUGCCCAGAAGAGGCCACGGGCAGGAGCUCCUAGGGGAGGGAGAGAGGGGCCGGCCCGCGCGAGCCACCCUGCCCGCCGCCCGCCCGCCCGGCCGGGGCGAGGAUGCUAUUUUUAAGAGCGCGGGGAGAGCGCUGGGUUUCAUCAUGGAAACUGUGAGCGUCUCGCCGGGCAUCGGGCCGGCGGGCUCCCCCGGGGGGCCCUGAGGCCGGGCAUCGGGCUGGCGGGGCCCUGUGCCCGCACCCCGGCAGAGGAGGGAGCAGGCGGCGGCGCCCACCAGCAAUUAUGUGCUGCGAAUGGCUGAGAUGCUGUGGUGGAGGGGACCCCAGGCCCCGCACCGUCUGGUUGGGGCACCCGGAGAAGAGGGAUCAGAGGUACCCUCGAAAUGUCAUCAACAAUCAGAAGUACAACUUCUUCACCUUCCUCCCCGGGGUGCUGUUCAACCAGUUCAAGUACUUCUUCAACCUCUACUUCCUGCUGCUCGCCUGCUCCCAGUUCGUGCCCGAGAUGAGGCUCGGGGCGCUCUAUACCUACUGGGUGCCUCUGGGGUUCGUGCUGACCGUCACCGUCAUCCGAGAGGCCGUGGAGGAGAUUCGCUGCUACGUGCGUGACAAGGAAGUCAACUCCCAUGUCUACAGCCGGCUUACGGCGCGAGGGACGGUGAAGGUGAAGAGCUGCAACAUCCAGGUGGGCGACCUCAUCAUUGUGGAGAAGAACCAGCGGGUUCCUGCCGACAUGAUCUUCCUGAGGACGUCGGAAAAAAACGGCUCCUGCUUCUUGCGGACGGACCAGCUGGACGGGGAGACGGACUGGAAGCUGCGGCUGCCGGUGGCCUGCACGCAGAGGCUCCCCACUGCUGCCGACCUUCUCCAGAUCCGCUCGUACAUCUACGCCGAGGAGCCCAACAUCGACAUCCACAACUUCGUGGGCACUUUCACCAGAGAGGACAGCGACCCGCCCAUCAGCGAGAGCCUGAGCAUCGAGAACGCCCUGUGGGCGGGCACCGUCAUUGCCUCCGGGACGGUGGUGGGGGUCGUGCUGUACACGGGCAGGGAGCUCCGGAGCGUCAUGAACACGUCCAACCCGCGGAGCAAGAUCGGCCUGUUCGACCUGGAGGUGAACUGCCUCACCAAGAUCCUGUUCGGGGCGCUGGUGGUGGUGUCGCUGGUGAUGGUGGCCCUGCAGCACUUCGCCGGCCGCUGGUACCUGCAGAUCAUCCGCUUCCUCCUGCUCUUCUCCAACAUCAUCCCCAUCAGCCUGCGAGUGAAUUUGGACAUGGGCAAGAUCGUGUAUAGCUGGAUGAUCCGCCGGGACCCCAAGAUCCCCGCCACCGUCGUGCGCUCCAGCACCAUCCCCGAGCAGCUGGGCAGGAUCUCCUACCUGCUCACCGACAAGACAGGAACUCUGACGCAGAACGAGAUGGUUUUCAAGCGGCUGCACCUGGGCACGGUGGCCUACGGCCCGGACUCCAUGGACGAGGUGCAGAGCCACAUCUUCAGUGUGUACACGCAGCAGGCCCAGGACCCCCCCGCCCAAAAGGGCCCCGCGCUCACCACCAAGGUCCGCCGCACCAUGAGCAGCCGCGUGCACGAGGCGGUCAAGGCCAUCGCGCUCUGCCACAACGUCACCCCUGUGUACGAGUCCAAUGGCGUCACCGACCAGGCCGAGGCCGAGAAGCAGUAUGAGGACUCGUGCCGCGUGUACCAGGCGUCCAGCCCCGACGAGGUGGCCCUGGUGCAGUGGACUGAGAGCGUGGGCCUGACCCUGGUGGGCCGGGACCAGUCCUCCGUGCAGCUGAGGACCCCUGGUGACCAGAUCCUGAACUUCACCAUCCUGCAGAUCUUCCCCUUCACCUACGAGAGCAAGCGCAUGGGCGUCAUCGUGCGGGACGACAGCACGGGCGAGAUCACCUUCUACAUGAAGGGCGCGGAUGUGGUCAUGGCCGGCAUCGUGCAGUACAACGACUGGCUGGAGGAGGAGUGCGGGAACAUGGCCCGGGAGGGGCUGCGGGUGCUCGUGGUGGCCAAGAAGUCUCUGGCCGAGGAGCAGUACCAGGACUUCGAAGCCCGUUACGUCCAGGCCAAGCUGAGCGUGCACGACCGGUCCCUGAAGGUGGCCACGGUCAUCGAGAGCCUGGAGAUGGAGAUGGAGCUGCUCUGCCUGACCGGCGUGGAGGACCAGCUGCAGGCGGACGUCCGGCCCACGCUGGAGACCCUGCGCAACGCCGGCAUCAAGGUUUGGAUGCUGACGGGGGACAAGCUGGAGACGGCCACCUGCACGGCCAAGAACGCGCACCUGGUCACCCGGAGCCAGGACAUCCACGUCUUCCGGCUGGUGACCAACCGUGGGGAGGCGCACCUGGAGCUGAACGCCUUCCGGAGGAAGCACGACUGCGCCCUGGUCAUCUCGGGGGACUCCCUGGAGGUCUGCCUCAAGUACUACGAGUACGAGUUCAUGGAGCUGGCCUGCCAGUGCCCCGCCGUGGUCUGCUGCCGCUGCGCGCCCACCCAGAAGGCCCAGAUCGUGCGGCUGCUGCAGGAGCGCACCGGGAAGCUCACCUGCGCUGUCGGGGACGGGGGCAACGACGUGAGCAUGAUCCAGGAGGCCGACUGCGGCGUGGGCGUGGAGGGCAAGGAGGGGAAACAGGCUUCCCUGGCUGCCGACUUCUCGGUCACGCAGUUCCGGCACCUCGGCCGCCUGCUCAUGGUGCACGGGCGAAACAGCUACAAGCGCUCGGCCGCGCUCAGCCAGUUCGUGAUCCACCGCAGCCUGUGCAUCAGCACCAUGCAGGCCGUCUUCUCGUCCGUGUUCUACUUCGCCUCGGUUCCGCUCUACCAGGGCUUCCUCAUCAUCGGGUACUCCACCAUCUACACCAUGUUCCCCGUCUUCUCGCUGGUGCUGGACAAGGACGUGAAGUCGGAGGUGGCCAUGCUGUACCCCGAGCUCUACAAGGACCUGCUCAAGGGACGCCCCCUCUCCUACAAGACCUUCCUCAUCUGGGUGCUGAUCAGCGUCUACCAAGGGAGCACCAUCAUGUACGGCGCGCUGCUGCUCUUCGAGUCGGAGUUCGUGCACAUCGUGGCCAUCUCCUUCACGGCGCUCAUCCUCACGGAGCUGCUCAUGGUGGCGCUCACCAUCCAGACGUGGCACUGGCUCAUGACGGUGGCCGAGCUGCUCAGCCUGGCCUGCUACAUCGCCUCGCUCGUGUUCCUGCACGAGUUCAUCGACAUGUACUUCAUCGUGACGCUGUCGUUCCUGUGGAAGGUGUCGGUGAUCACGCUGGUCAGCUGCCUGCCCCUCUACGCGCUCAAGUACCUGCGCCGCCGCUUCUCCCCGCCCAGCUACUCCAAGCUCACGUCCUAGGUGCUGGGCGCGGCCGGGCGUCUCCGCCCCCCGGAGGACAGCUCUGACUUCCGCCCCUCGCCCGCGCCCAGCCGCUCACUCGCUGCGCUGGCCGGCCGGGAUGGACACGGCGGGGCCCGCGCUCCUGUGUGAGCCGGUGUCUGUCCCCGCCGCCGGCCGGGGGCGCUGACCGGGAGGUUUCCCGCCGCCCCGAGCACGUCCGUGACCAACGCGUGUGGCGCCGGGGCAGGGGGGGCUCCCACGGCCGUCGUUCUUCCUGUCAUGUCCUGACGCUCGACUCUCGUCCUGGCUGCCCCACAGCUGGUCCCGGGGCGAGGGGCAGCUGUUCCUGGGGUUUGGGCUGGCUCUGGGGCUGGGCUCCCGCCUGACCCAGCCCACAUGCAGCGUCGUGACGCUUAGGGGCCCGCGGGGCUCGUGCCCACUGCAGAAACGCGUUUCUGGGUGGGAGCAAGCCGGGGCGCGUCUCCCCCCGCCCCCGCCCGCAGCUGAGCGAGGAGCCCUGGGUGGGGGUCAGCUGGAGUGGGUUCUAGAAGGAGACUGUGUCUGGGGGCGCGGCAGGGAGUCCUGGGGGUGUCUGGGCGCGUGGUCUCGGCUGCAGUCUGCGGGGCUCCCGUGCAUGGGGCGUGGCCGGGACACCAGGGUGUGGGGCCCAGGCUGUGGGGGACGGUUGUGGCAGGCAGGGGCCGGACGCACAGUGCCCAGCCAUCCCCAGGGGCGGGGUGAGCUCGUGUACACGGGUGGCGGGGGCGUCCUCUCUCCCUGCAGGCCGUGCCAUGGCCCUUGCUCGGGACCCCGCGGGGGUCCCCUCCAGAGGGCGGCCGUUUGCUCUGACUCACCCCCGAGGUGCCACUUGGCUCGCGUGGGGGAAGACGCCGGAGAGAAGGGGGUCCCCACCUCCCUAGCACCUGCCACGGGCCCCCCUGAGACCUUCCUUGUUGGGGGGGCGUGCAGCAGGACGAGGGGAGUGGAAACCCCAGCAUGAGCACCUGGGGGCUCCCAGGAUGGGGGGAGGAAGGGCAGCAGGUCCCCCGAUUCCCGGUCUGGAAGGGCCGGGCUGGCGCCAGGCAGUGACCCCACACUCGGCCCGGGUGGGGUCAGAGGCUCCGCGGCACACCGUCCGCCCUGCCUCCAGCCCUUUCCUUGAAGCCAACCCCCCACUUCCUGCUGGAGUCAGCACUUUGGGGUUCCUUUCUGCCCAUGGUGGUUUGCCAGCGGGAGGCGGCGAUCCCGCUUACCCCCCCCUCCCUUCCUUCCUCCCUUUCUCUAAGAAAACAGCCACAGACCCGAGGCCCCGAGGCCCGUUUCUCAUCGUUGACAGUUGCUGAGAGCACGCGGGCGUGCGUGCGUGGGGCGCAGGGGCGCGGGGGUGAGGGCAGGGAGAGGGGUGUCGCCCUGCCCCGGUUCCUUGUGCGCGCCGGGCCUGGGUGCCUCCCGGGAGCGCCUGACGCCUGAAGCCUCGCACCUGCUGGAAGAGGGGCCCAGCCGGGGACGCCUGCCCGUGCCGGCGUCCAGCCCGAGCCCCCCUGCGGCCGGCCCUGCCUCGCACCCAUCUGCUCACGUUUCCGAAGCCUGUUCUCGGCUGGGGGCUUCCUGGCAACACUCUGAAUGUAGUUUGGAUUUUAUGCUUCUUGCAGACUGACACGACCGUGCCCCGCGCUCCCCUCUCCGUCCAGACUUCUUACCUUGUUUUACUUCCCUGAGGUGGGCACAGGACCCACCCACCCGCCUCAUGUCUUUUAGGCGGGGCCCAGAUUUCAGACCUCUGUCCAGAUUUCAUACGCGGCCCCCUUGUCCUCCUGCCUCGCCCUUCUUCAGGCGGACACCUGUUCGCCCUUUUCAUCUUUGACCUUUGUGGCGUGUUGAGACGUGUGUGUUGUGAGAUGUCACCUCAGACCUCUUCCGAGCUAUCCCCGGCUUCCAGGUCGCUCCCGAUGUCUCUCCCAGCUUACUCUUCAUCUUCAAAAUACACAAGGGACUUUGUAAAUAACACAGAUUUUAUUUAUUCCCCCACCUCCCUGUUCUCUUUAAAAGUAAAGCUUUUGGUUGUUCUCUUUCUUAAGAAAACAUUUCCGUGAAUUGUGUCCGUUUCAUCUUGGGGUGGGGGGGAGUCUAGAUUAUGAUUGGGAACAGAAUUGAAAAGUGCCCCCACCGUUUUGAGUGUGUGUGUGUGUGUUUGUGCCUGUGUGCAUGUGUGUGUGUGUGUAUGUAGGGGCUUUCGUGAUCCCUUGUGACUCAGAGCAUUUCUCACGCCAAAGCAGCCUUUUGGGGGGGGGGUUCCAUCUUCUCCAUCACCCAGGACUGGGGUGGGAUUGGGGGUGGGGAUUGCAGUGUUUAAUGGUGCCGGGCAUUGUCAGUGAAUAUUGUGUUGGGGCGGGGAGGGGCCGUGGUAUUUGCAAAAAACAAACAAACAAAAAAACCCAAAAAAAACGAUCUGCGUCUGAUUGAUUACGUUGUGGCGUGCGAGGUUGGAUGUUUGCACCUGAGCAAGGACCAGGGCAGGCCACGCCCAGGCCACGCCCACGGGGGACCUGGCGCUGAGUGCAGGCCAGGAAGUCCCGGCCCUGGCCCCCACGUGCCCCCCACUUUCCCAGCGGCUCUCCUUUCAUUGUCUGCCAGCGCGGCCGGUUCCUGUUGCCCAAUAAAGCUUGUGUACUGUA